UUUUUCUUUCUCAAAACCAAUGUCAAUAAUGAGGAAUCUCUUCAUCUUGAUGUUCUUCUCAACUUGCUUCCAUUUUGCGUUUUCAAGUACUAUCGAUGGUUUGUUACCUAAUGGAGACUUUGAAUUGGGUCCAAAACCGUCUCAAAUGAACGGAACAAAAGUUUUAUUACCCGACGCCAUUCCAAAUUGGUACACUUCGGGUUUCAUAGAAUACGUGAAAUCGGGUCAAAAACAGGGCGACAUGUUACUAAUAGUUCCCGAAGGAGUUCACGCAGUUCGAUUAGGAAACGACGCUUCUAUAAACCAUAAAGUGAAGACAGUAAAAGGAACAUUCUAUGCCUUGACGUUUAGCGCAGCCCGAACUUGCGCCCAAGAGGAGAAACUAAACGUCUCGUUUGCGCCCAACCGUGAGUCAAACGAUUGGGGGAUCCUUCCAAUCCAGACUAUGUAUAGUAGCGACGGUUGGGAUUCUUAUUCGUGGGGAUUUCUUGCCGGAUCCAAUGAAGUUGUCAUUACUAUUCAUAACCCGGGUCUUGAGGAAGACCCGGCUUGUGGCCCGUUAAUUGAUUCGGUUGCUUUGAAGGCUUUGCACCCGCCCCGAAGGCUUAACUCCAAUAUGUUGAAAAAUGGGAAUUUUGAAGAAGGGCCAUAUAUAUUUCCUAAAUCAUCAUGGGGAGUGUUAAUUCCACCAAACAUUGAAGACGAUCAUUCCCCAUUGCCCGGAUGGAUGAUCGAAUCUUUAAAGGCGGUUAAAUAUAUCGACUCGGACCAUUUUUCUGUCCCUAAAGGGAAACGUGCAAUCGAGCUAGUUGCGGGUAAAGAGAGCGCAAUUGCGCAAAUUGUUAGGACUAUUCCGGGAAAAGAAUAUGUACUAAGUUUUUCGGUUGGUGAUGCUAAAAAUGCUUGUGAGGGGUCUCUUGUUGUUGAGGCGUUUGCGGGUAAAGUUACGCGUCAAGUACCUUAUACGUCUAAGGGAAUGGGUGGGUUUAUACGCGAUAAGCUUCGGUUCAAGGCGAUAUCGACUAGGACCCGAGUUCGAUUCUUGAGUACUUUUUAUACUAUGAAGAGUGAUAGUUCGGGUUCUCUAUGUGGUCCGGUAAUUGAUGAUAUUCAAUUGAUUGGGGUGAGGAAGUAUUCUAAUUAAAAGGAUCGUUUUAGUUUGAACUCUUUCUAUUUCUAUGUAAAAGGAUAAAAUAUUUACUUGUUAAUUAUGAGUUAAUUGAAGCUUGGUGAGUUAUUUAUCAA